AGGCUAUUACCUAUACAAAUUUUCUGGAAAGUAAUACUGAAGCCCUAAUAAUUUCGAACAUUCUUCGCGAUCGGUUGCCCUUAGGAUGACCGAACAGAUGUAAAUUUUCUAGCACCGCUGAGAAUGCAUUUCUAGAGAUCUAAAAGUACUCUGGAUAGCCUAAAAAGUGUUUUCAGGGUAUUUAGGAGGAAACCGUCGUUGGGUGCCCCUGAGAAGUUGAAGUUUGGACAGCGGCCACAUCCGUGAUAGUCACUUCAGGGCUUGACUCCUCGGUGACGGAUAGACCCUUUUUCAUUUUGUUGUAACAUUUUUUACGGAGAGAAUUUUCCCCCACCCCAACAAAUUUACUCUUUGAGUUGAAGCCGGUCUUCGUUGACAAGCGUAGUGUCCACAUUGGUUUCCGAUUGUUGGUUCAUUGUGCAUGUGACGUUUGGAGUAUGAAUAAGCCAAUCAUGUGACAGCUAUUUUUGUUACUUUAUAUGUGACAUCGACCAGUGUGCACCAGGAACUGAGAUUGUGCACAGAGCUCCAAGAUGUGCUUCUGGUGUGAAAUACCUUCUGCUGAAAAAGAAGCGUUUUGGCAAGGUAUGAUAGCCAUUUAUUUAUUUUUGGUCCCGGUGAUUUCAAGGAAUGGUUGUAUACCAUUAGGUUAAUAAGCCAGGAACUUGUUAUGAUUUCAUUUCAGCGUGAUAAAUGAUGUAUUCCAGUUUUAGUAUAGACUUUGUCACGGUUUUGGAAGCCAUCUUGACGAUAAGGCGACCGCUUUGGGUGCGCGAAAUGUGUUGCUCGAGAAAGCGCCAUGUUGAAACUCCAAAAGAGAGAGGAGUAAAUGGCGCAAGUCAAAAGGAACCUACCCUAAGGGUUACUGUUUUUACUCUCCCUGAUCUUCCCCCAUCUUAAAAUCAAAGAUGGUGGUUACAGCAAUGUGACUGAUAAAAAAGCAGCUUUCCCCCACCCAAAAUACGCCUGCACUGCAGGCUAGCCACACUGAUUUUUUUUUCCUUUAAAAUUUGCCACUGGAUUUUUUUCCUUAAAAUUAAACAGUGGUUGAAGAGACUUACACUUUCAUAGAAAUUUGUUGACCAGAAAUUUCAACAGACUAGCAAAUUAUGCACGUGGGUCCCAUAACAAUAGCCAGUGUGAAUAUUUUAAUUCAGUAAUAUAUUGUUUGAUUCAUUUUGGGAGAUAUCUUCUCUACAGAUUUAAUGAACAAGUGUGCUCUCAACACUUUUUCAAAAAAUCUGGCAAUGACAAAAUGAGUCAUUACACUAGGUAGCAGCGUGUAAAGAAAGUAGUGUCCGAUAGCCCGGGGCCAGUGGAUUUUCCUAUCGGGCUAGAGAAUUCUGUUCUUAACUUACCCAACGGGCAAGUGAAGUUUUUUGAGGAAUUCAUAUUACAGAAGAACUAUGAAAUCAAUCUGCUCAUCAAACGCUUUUGGGGCUGGUUGAAAUGAUGUUUGGGCUAGUAAAUGUUAGCUCCAGCUCGCCCGAAUGGCAAGCUGUAAACAAGACUUUCUUUGCACCCUGAGUUAGGUGUCUUUUUGUAGUGUGUUUGUUCAGUAAAUCUAGGUACUAAUGAACACAACAACUCCCAACACUGGUGGGCCAACAAUGUUGGGAGUUUAAAAGUUUGACUGGUUUCAAACUUAGUGCAACAACUCUCAACAACAGUCAACAACACGCAAUAGGGUGUGCAAACGGACGUGACAUGUAACAUCCAACAUUAAUGUUGCAGGCUUUGGAGUUCUUUUUACAACUUCAUUAAGUUGUGUUGUUCAACGGCGAUGAUCGUCUUUGCAUAUAUUUCUUCAUCCCGCGGUUCCCAUUUCAUGUUAAAACAAAUAUAUACAAAUUUGUAGUUUCUUUUUUGUUGGGAAUUCAGUCACUUAAUUGAACCACAACAUACUGUUCUUCAAUUAUAUAAAGAGUUGCACUUCAAUGCAUCCUGAGUACAUUUUGUUAUUUUGACAGUUGAAAGUGUUUCAUAUUAAAACACAUUAAAAUUAUACUGAAAUUCUAAUGAUUAAUAUGGUUGAGAAGAUGUUAUAUUUCAUAUUUUACCUAUCUUUUUAAAAAAUAUUUUGAAAUACAUUUUAUCUAUUAUAAUUAGAUAAGGAAAGAGAGAGACAUUUCAUAAAAAAAUAUUUAUUUAAUUGUGGUAAUAAUAUAUUGGAUAAUAACCUUCAGUAUAUACUAAAACAGUGGAUAGUGUUUUUCGUGCGCUCUGAUUGGCUAGUCAGUCAACUCAAUCAGUGAAUAUCCACUGAUAUUUACUGAUUGACCUCCAGUUCCUCUGAGUGAGAGAGCGACGCUAAACUGGCGUAAGUUACGAGCAAAAUGGCUUUCCAGUUUGCUGCUGUAACAAACAAAGAAAUUUCACAAAUAAACAAGCUGUUCCGGAAAUACACGAAGAAGGUGACAAAAUUCAGUUUGGACGUUAAAGCUUUACCUGUCUGUUUGACUUGAAUUAAUCGAUGAAGCCAGUGAAAAAAUUUUUUGUUUACAAAUGCAAAUUAAGUCUUGUGUUGCUUUAUUUAGCUUACAUGUUCUUAUUUUUACAUAAGCUCGCAUUCCUUUGUUCUUUUUGGGGGCGGAACAUAUUACAUUUAACCACCGAAUCAACUGUCUCAAAAGCUGGGUGCAGCUUUGAUUGUUUGAAGGGAAGAGUGGGGCUAAUGAACAAACUUAUUAAAAUGGGAGGGGAUUAUAUACCUCUUACUAGUAAAAUCCAACUAGUGGUCUAUCAUCAAUGCUGCGUUCUGAUUGGUUGAGCUACUACUAAAUGUUUUAGCCCACUGCUUUUAAUAGAAAACAAUAGAAAAAGAAUAGAAUAUUUGCUUAAUCAAAAUCAAUGGCGUGAGCAUGCUGAUGAAGUCAAUAAACUAUACCUCGAGUUCUUGUGAGCUUAGCAAUCCUCCCAAGAGGUCUCCCAAGUGCAUCCAUAACUCAACAGUACACGAUAAAGCAUGAACCAUGUGUUUUAUAACAUAAAUUUAAGAAAAAAGUUCUGAAUUUUUAACCAAUAGUAGCGAAAAGAGGUUUGUGUUAUUGUUGUUGUCAUCUGUGCAAGCUGUGUGGGCUGUGGCGUGUGCAAAUCAUUCCUUGCAAAGUUAUUUCUUUCAAAGAGAAUUUUUCGGUGAAUUAAUAGUUCCGGCACCUCAAUAUGGAUUUUACAAUCGUUUUGAAUGUUAUCUUAAGCGACUUGAGUAAACUUUCUCUCAGUUUCAAGACAAAAACAUAACUGUGAGGUAAAAAAAUAUACUAGUCAUGCCAUAUUGACGCCUACUGCUUUUAGCGCGCAUAACUCGCGUCGUCGGCCAGGUAGACGCCCACCAAAGGUGCCAGAACCUGGGUCAAGGUCGACGUCGUUUGGCGGGAAAAACAAAACUAGGCAAACUUGACGAUGACGCGUUGAUGAAGCAUAUUAACCUGAGAUCAGGCCCAAUUUGAGCGGUUCUCAUACAUUCUCUCUAACGGCCCGCCGGAAUGUAAUUUUUAAAGCGAAACGAAAAUAGAGCCUGAUCUCAGGUUAAAGCAUAUUUUUCUGCUUUCUCUGCUGCUUUCCCCAGUUAGAAUGGCAUCCCUAAGGAAUACUCAAGAAGCUUUACUGUUGGGAUACUGCGAAGGAUGGCUGGAUGAAAUGGAAUUCCCUGCUUUGUAUGAGUUAAAUACAUCUGAAAACCUUGAAUUUCCCUAUGAUUUAUAUGAUCAGUUCAACCUCGAUGAUAUCAAUGAAACUGAAUGCAUUUCAGAAUUUCGCUCUGAGAAACAACACAUUCUGCAACUAGAAGAGGUACUACAGAUUCCCGCUCUCUUGAAGUGAGACCAGAGAUCAGUAUUCACUGGAACGGAAGGACUCCGCAUGCUCCUGAAUAGGCUGGCUUACCCUAAGGCUUGUAGAUAUUCAGAUCUCAUUUAUCUUCUUGGCAGACCAGUACCUGUCCUAUGCAUGAUUACCAACAAAGUUAUGGACUACGUAAACGAUACCCACCACCGCAAGAUAACUAUUGAACUGGAAUAACGGUAUCUUGAACCCCGUUUCCUUACAAAUGUAUGCAGAUGCAAUUUCAGCCAAAGGAGCAGAUAAUUUUUUCGGGUUCAUUGAUGGCACUCUGAGAGCAAUUUCUUAACCCGGUGAACGACAAAGAGUGAUGUACAACAGCCACAAAAGAAUCCAUGGCAUCAAAUUUCAAUAAGUUACACUGACAAAUGGCCUCAUUGGUAACAGUCGGUAAGAAAUAAUCACAUGUACACUUCAGGGAGGGGAGAAUAUGAAGGUAAAUUAAAUGUUAUUUUGAUUCAGGUUUUUACUAGAUAAUUUUGGCAAGUCCUAUACACCUAUACACCCCUUUCUGCAUCUCUAUCUCCAUUUUGGUUGCUUUCAAUGGCAAUUUUAAUUUUCAGUUAGAAACUAGUGAAUAGGAGUUCUUUAAGAAUACAGUCACUGGGGGUAAAAGGUAACAGAUUGUUUAGAGUACUGUUUUGUGAUUACCUACCCAGCAACUGAGUCACCUAUCGUUUUAUGAACAUGCCUACUACUCCUUCACAAUCACAUACACAAAUCAUGACCUGAUAAUUUGUUGUUAAGAAAAGCAUAAUCUAUGAUGUAAAAACCUUUUGUCUUUCGUGAUUAUCACCACUGUAAAGAGGAAGAAAGCAUUAUGCAAGCCUGUUAACAGAAUCUGGCCUGCUGAGAGAACUAUCACCCACAGGGCAGCCUCUCUGUGUCUAUGGUGACCCUGCAUCACUAAGGGUGCAUUUGCUGGGCCCAUUCAAGAAUGCCUACUUAACUCCUCAGAUGCAGCAGUUUAACAAGUCUAUGAGCGAAGUUAGAAUUUCUGUUGAAUGGCUUUUCAGUGACAUCAUUAAUUAUUUUAAGUUCAUGGAUUUUAAGAAAAAUCUCAAGGUUGGCUUAAGCAGUGUAGGCAAAAUGUGCAUUGUAUCAGGUCUCCUUCACAAUGCUCUCACAUGCUUGUAUGGCAAAAGCACAUCAAAGUUUUUUGAUGUUCAGCCUCCAAGCCUCGACGAUUACUUUGCCUAAACAUGACAAAAUUUUCAAUCAAACGGAUUCCUGUAAUGUCAAGUAUGGUUUAAUAAUAAAUCUUUAGUGUCCAACAAAUUACAAGGUAGUACUAAAUAAUAUAACAACAACAGCAAAAGUAUAAAGAACUGCCCCCCAGUUGUUCAAAAGUUGGAUAGUACUAUUCACCAGAUAAAUAAAUUGCUAUCCAGUUGAUAGCUGUUAGGGAAUCCAAUUGCGUUAUCCAGUGGAUCUCUAGCACAAUCCACCUUUUGAACAAUUGGGUCUGGUCAUUUGUUAUGAGCUAAUAAAUGUGAUAAAAAACAACUAUACUCUAUUGUACAUCUGUUGCCUCUGCUAUAUAACCAGAGUACUUGCCUGCAAGUAACAAAGAAGUCUAGCAAUACAAUCCAGCAGUUUGCAGUGGCACUCCAGAUUUCAAGUGACAGGGAUGAUUGAGUGAGGGUAAAACUCAGGACCCGAAAAAAUCCCUGGUCCAAAAACUAACCGUAGAAAAUAUCCCAUGCCGAAUUUCAAAAUCUUCAAAAUUCCAGAAAGCAUUGAAUGAUAUAACACAAAAAAUUAAUAAAACAUUACGCAGCCAGGAUACGCAGGCACUACCACGAAUCUUCAGUUUGUUUUGAAUAUCAAAACAAAUCUUCACUUGAAUCAAUGCACACCAAAAAAAUACUUUUAGUACAAAUUUUCCUACCCAAAUUAUCCAGGAAUAGAAAAUUUCAGACUCCAAAAACUCUUUCGAUUAUCACCUGUCACUUGAACUCCGAAGUACCCCCGGCAAUAGUACUGAUAUCUUGCGCAAAAAUGUCAAACAAAUGACAAGCAAACAAUAGCAAGUUGUACAGAACUGGUCAUUUGUUAUGAGUCAAUAAACGUCAUUGAAAACAACUACACUCUAUUGUGUCCUUCAUCUGUAGCCUCUGCUAUGUAACUAGAAUUAUUGUCUUAAGCCUUACAACACAACUAAUAACUUGCAAAAAUCUGUAACAGCUUUUGUGCAAGGAGCACAAAAUGCAUGUACAUUUCUAUAGUGGAGCACAAGGUAUCUUUUUAGUUAGCACUGUCUAUGAUUCAGUCUUUUUUAGUAAACUUUUUUACAAUGGCCAACAUAGUUUGGUUUUGCAGUUGACUUUGUUGCAUGAAUGCUGAUAACAUGUCUUGCAUCUGCUGUCAUUGAUAAUAACCUUUUGAAGUUGCAUCUGUUGCAACACAUUGUUCUGUUGUUCCAGCAUUUUUUGCUGCUCUGAUCGAUCGUCUUUGUGCCAUUUCCUCUUGCUUGAAUGUCAUGACUUUUUCCAUUUUUUCUCUCAUAAAGUCAAGGGUGUUUGAUCCACUACGUCUUGUCUUCCUUUCUUCUGAUCUCCAGUGGUUAGUCCUGAAGCUUCUCUGCGCUUCUUGCUCUCUCCAAGAUUUCCAUAGUUUGAAGGUGCAUUUCUUCUGCAUUUGCCUUGUCUUGCAAUUCAUUCUUUCUCACUGAUUCCUCAAGAUCUAGCUGCGCAUUUGCUGCCUUUUCUUUUUCUAUUAUCUCUUCUAAGGCAAGCUCUAAUUCGGAAAGUUCUUCUACUUCAAUUCCUACUUCUUCUUCUCUCAUUUUCAAUUUAAAGUUCUUUAGCAUUAUCCUGGCCCUCAUGUCCCUUACAGAUUUUUGACUCACUCGGAAACAUGGUGCAUGGACAGAAUUUAGGUUUGCUGCAAUGAGAUCCCACGCCUGGCCACUCUCACGACUUCUGUUCUUACAUUUAUAUGGCUCAGCUGUUAGCAUCUCUCUGGCUAAGAGCACGUCAUGUUCUUUAGUCCAUUUAAAGGCAGGUAAGUUCCUAGAAUUACAAGGGAAGAAAAAUGGUCUGUACUUAACAAACUUUCUUUCAAAGCAAAAAAUAUGAUAAUAAUAAUGAUAAUAAUAAUAAUAAUAAUAAUAAUAAUAAUAACAACAAUAAUUAUGAUUUAUAAUAAUGAUGACGAGAAGAAUAAUUGUAAUAAUAAAAACAACAAUAAAGAGACAAUAACACUGCACCCUUUCCAGCAAAGCAGUGAACAAACAUUCCACUAACAAAUCAGUUUAGUUCCAAAAAGGCAAAAAACAUAAUAAAUCUUCCAUACAAUUAAAUUACGUGAUGUGCAGAAGGGAUUUCUGAACAUGAAAAUUAGAUUUUAAGUGAGAUCUAGGUCUCCAAAAAUUUCAAGCACUUGGAAAACCUAAAUAUUAGAGAAUUGCCAAUAAUUUUUCUUGCAAAACUUUGAGUACUGAAAACAUUCAAGAGUGUGAAUUUUGUUAACAAACAAUGCUCCAUUGAAUUUAAUGCUUGUAAAGAAUCAGCCAGCUGGAGCAAACCUAAAUACAGCAAGUCAUUGCUACCCAUGUUUCGAGAAAAUUAACUCUCUUACUGAUAGCUGUUAGUCCGUCUUUCAUAGACUUUUAACAGCACUUUUAAACACUCCUCUGCUGACAGCUUUUAUUUUCGAAUGGUUUUGUAGUCCAGUUUUACCAAGCACACGUGCACACAAACACAUUAGCUUUAAUACUUGUGCCUGCCAAAACUAAACCAAGCCAAAACUUACAUCGCAACCUAAAACCUAGUUUACCACUUCGUUGGAGGACAUCACUUUUUCUGAAUAGAAUCCGUCUCAUCAUAUGAACAUAAAACUCAACUGAAAAUGCCUACUUACGUUGUUUUUUCAGCGGUCGUGAUUUCAGGAGAUGCCAUGACUAUAAAAGAGGAAAAAGUUGUUCAAUGAGUAAAAAGCUCCAAUUUCGUCAACUACUAUCAGAAAGAUAUCUUUGAUUUCAAAAAAUCCUCAAGAACACUGAAAUGUGACUGUGCUUCUACGGCAUGUUCGACAAAAGACAAAAAAAGUGAAUAAAUACUCACCUACCGAAGACGACUUCUGAAACACGCGUCGCCAGUCGACGACUCAAGUUUAGUCUUUCGCCUUUGAAGUAGACGCCAAUAGUGCAUUUUUACUUCCGGUCGACCACUUUGGCGGCGUCGUCGUGAGUUGCUUAAAAGUCUCUAAUAAAAUUUAAGUUGACUGCUGCAUUGAUCGCUUUGAUAAUGUUAUAAAACAAUUGGUUCAUGCAUCAGAUGUGCGUAUGUCGAGAUAUUAAGCACUUAGUUUGGAGAGCACUCAAGAGGCUAGAAUUACAUCUCUUUCGUGCUCUCCAAACUUCCCGCGUGUUCAAUAUCUCGACUAGACUUGCCUACAAGUCGGGCUCAAAUUUUUCACGAGCGCGAAGCGCGAGUCUCCAUGUUGAAAAACAAGUCAACACGACGCCACAAUUACUAAAAUUAAACUGAGCUGCGUUUCUUUUGCGCCACAAUCACGAAUUUUCUUAGUUGGUGGUUCAUCGAUUUCCACAGCUAGAACGGCAGUUUGAAAUUGAACAGCGUCUUUAAAAUUCCACAGGUUCCAAGAAAGUGUCGCUUUCAUGGUAAGGCAUUCCAUUCUUUAACCAGUCGUCCCAAACUCGUGUACUCCAUGUAGUUGACCUCUUUGUGUUUUGUGGUAUUCUUGCUUCAUUCCUCGACUGAAUCUCCUUGUCAUGCAGUAACAGCAUUGAUCCCUCGCCCGGAAUCUUCUUUAUCUGUAAACAGGUUGAUUGAAAGAUCCUCGGUGCGAAAAUUGAAAUUGUCAACUGCUUGCUCGUUGUCUGCACCCGCAAAUGAAGAUUCAAAAUUGUUUUCCGAAAGCUCAAUUGCAGUACCGCCACUAACGCUGCUUCAGUUUGAGUAAUAAAAGGUUCUACUUCUGACUCUGACUCGUGCGUUGCCCUGGGGCGCAACGCACGAGGGAAAUAAAUCACAUAACUCCUCGCUUCAGUCCGAUAACCCUUACAUAAAUGAGCUUUAAACUAAAUUUAGUACAUUUUGACAGAAUGGGUUUAAAUGCAAAGAGAAUUCACAACUCCUUUUGAAGAAAUUUCCCCAAAAGAGCUAAACAAAUGCCUUCAAAAGUUUUAUUUGUCGGCAAGAAAACGCGAGGGCCGUUCGGCCAUUGCGUGCCAAAAUUGUAAUGAGAUCGUUGGCAACAGUAAGUUAAAAAUCAUCAUUUUAGUGCUUAAUUAUCUCACUGUUUUAGUACAUACUAAAACAAUUAUUCAUCUCAGUGUCGGUGGCUAGUGGUGGAUAUUUAGCCACCUCCACUUCGGUGAAUAAUUGUUAUUUAUUAGUAUGAUGUUGGUUAUAAUUAUAGAGAGUAACAAAUUCAAAGUAUUUAUCUUUUGCAUUAGGAAAUAGGAAGCCGCCACGUUUGUUGUUGUUGUCAAAUAAAUUGGUACUGAGACACAAGUGAUGAAUUUCAAUGUUGUCCUGUUUUAUACUACUAUUUCCCCUUACUUUUUCCUGUAAUGCUAUCCAAAUCAUUACCUCUGCAUGGUUUUUUUUUGGUGCCACUGCUUGCAGGAUUUUUUUUUUCAGACAAGUUUCCCUUGGAUGAGUUUUUGGGGGGAAUUGUCACCUACCCUAAAGAAAGGAUUGAUGCGCGAAAUUUUAAAGUCCACUCCUGAAUUGUGAACUGCCCUUUUAUUUAACAGGACAUGGAUUCUAAGGGUUUAUGGCCGAGUCUAAAUCAUCCUCUAGACUGUCACGUGAAUUUCUCAUUUUAAUGCUUAGAUUUAUAUAAUCAGCAUUUACGGCCAUGUUAAUAUGUUGAUAAUCAUAAUCUUAUCUUUCAGAACAUUCAUGUGAAGGCAUUCAGUUUAAAGAUGUUACGAGAUUGAAGAUAAAUUUACUGGGAGAUGCUGCUUGUGAGACAACAAGCCUUCUUGGGGCAUUUAAUGCCAAGCACUUUCCAUAUCAUGAACCAUAUUUGCAGUUCAAAUUAUUAAUGUUUCAAGGCAACCCAUGUGAGCUGGUUUUCACUAACAUUACCGGUGUGGAAGAUUACCGAUUACGAACUGUAAUGUACCUGGGUGCAGAUGUGACACUAUUGUGUUACUCAGUUGAUUGCCAGGAAAGUUUCGCUAACAUUUCCAAUAAAUGGUUUCCAGAGGUUAAGAGUCAUUGUCCAAAGACACCAGUGAUACUGGUUGGUUUACGCCGAACUGAUGAAACAGGGCAAUCCAGUCAUAAAUUACAUGACAAUAGACAACAGGGGCACCCAACGAGGAUAUAGUUCAAAACCACUUAACAUAGCAUUGUUGAACGUAUUUUAGUAUUUAAACGGUAGAUAUAGGCAUAUUUUUAUCCCCUAAAAACUUUUCAUCUGUUCGGAUUUCCUAGUUGAAAGUCUAGUGAUCCGAAAAUUAUAGCGAUCAAAAUUUACCUUUUCGAAAAUUUCAGCCAGGAAAAGGCUCCCGAAAAUUCUAGGUGGCCUUUUUUAGAGUAAAUAUCCGUUUAAAAUGGGUAAUUAUACCACUUUGUAGAUGUUCGAAAAUCUUAGGAGAGGCAGGCAAGCAAGAAAUUUUACAACAAAUGUUCCGAAAAUUCUAGUUCUCAAAUCGUCUUCCGAACAGAUAUCUUCCCGAAAAUUGCCGUUGGGUGCUCCUGAGACAAGUUGUGACAGUUAAUUCGGGGAAGAAACUGAGAAGUGCAAUUGGGGCCUCAGAUUUCAUGGAGUGUUCGGCGUUAAAAGGAGAAGGAGUUCAGGACGUUCUUGAAAGCGCUAUUAAAGCGACACUUAAAAACAGAAAAAAGGAACAGAUGAAGCGUCGACUGAGGGGAUUCGUCUGCUGUUGUACAUUUCCUUAGCCUGUUUGAAACACAAUUGUUCCAUACCAAUGUUCACCUAUCUUCUCGAAAGAGCGCCGUGGAACUAUCGAUAAGAUACAGUCAGACCUCUCGUAAACGACAACUCAAAAUGCUAACACUUAGUGGUCGCUUACGUGAGGUCUCUUCUGAGAAUAUGUCCCGACAUGUAAACAUUUUUUGUUGGAAGAACAACAUGAAAAUUUUGUAGCGGCG